AUGGAUACCUCACGAAAUACGCAUUAUUCCUCUUAUCCUUAUCAGCAAUCCAGUAGAGCCCAAGGCCCAGCACCACCAUCUAAAGAAAUAUACCAAUACGACGCACCUUGGUUGACUUAUGCUUUGGAUUGGUGCAAAACACCCAUAGAACAAAAGAGCUUCAGGCUUGCUGUUGGUAGUUUUAUUGAAGACAGCAACAACAAGCUUCAAAUUAUUUCACGUACCGAUUUACUUGAUGCCAACUCACAAAUAGAUCAACGAAACGAUUUCACACCUGUUGCUGAAGCAGAUUCUUAUUAUCCUAUUACAAAAGUGCUUUGGGAGCCACGAAAGAAUGAUGCCAGAAACAGUGAUCUUUUAGCUACUACAGGUGAUAUUUUACGAAUUUGGGAACUUGUUGAUGAUCCUAGACAUGGACAAAGCAACUCGAUCAAUAGCUCAAGCAGAGCCAACAGCAACAAUCAUCACCACAUGCAACAACUAGUCAAGAAGGCAGAACUUGUUAAUAUGAAACAGUCUGAUUUUUGUGCGCCCUUGACCUCGUUUGAUUGGAAUGAAACUGAUCCUUCUCUGGUUGUAACAUCCAGUAUUGACACAACAUGCACAGUUUGGAACGUCGAGACUAGCCAAGCAAAAACGCAACUUAUUGCCCACGACAGCGAUGUGUAUGAUGUUGCUUUCAUGCACGGUUCUGCUGAUACAUUUGCCAGUGUGGGCGCUGAUGGCUCGGUUCGGUUGUUUGAUUUACGUUCAUUGGAACACUCCACUAUCCUGUACGAAGCUCAACCUACACCCAAUACCCGCAUUGGAAACAAUGCUAGUAUACCUUUAUUACGUCUCCAAUUCAGUCGAAUGAACUCGAACCUAUUAGCGACAUUUCAUAUGGAUUCUGCUGUGGUACAGAUCUUGGACAUUCGCUAUCCUAGCGCACCUGUUGCAGAGCUCUCAAAGAGCCAUAGUGGAAGCAUCAAUUGUUUAAGCUGGUCUCCUACCGAGUCAGGUCAAAUUGCAACUGGCGGCGAUGAUUCUCAAGUGCUUGUUUGGAACAUCAACCAAGGCUCAAACGACAGUCGAUCCUACUACCAAAGCACACAACAGCGCUACAGCCAUCAGCCACCCCGUUCAGUUCAAGAUCCUCUUUUGGCCUAUGUUGCUGAUGCAGAAGUUAACUCGUUGACAUGGAGCAAGUCUGCUCCCGAAUGGAUCGGCGUUGGUUUUGGCAAAACGAUUCAAGCACUCAGAGUGUAG